CAGGAAGACUGCAAUUUCAUCAAGUCACUGCGAUGGCUUCUCGAGACAGCUGAGAGCGGGCAGCACGUAGCAUAGGCUUCACUUACCGGGAAAACGUCGGAUCGGAGCGUACAUCAGGGCGGAGUGACGUACUGGCGAGGAUCUAAUAUUAAUGGACAAAUGGGAAGCCCGAUUCCGGACUUCACCCCGCUAUCUCAGAAUGUUCCCCCCACGUUCACCCCCCCGAAUCAGCCAUGUAAAUGCAACACUUAUCGGCUUGCCACGCCAGUGGUGCAGCCUGAUCGUUCAGCUACAAUCCGGCCACAUCGGGCUGAAUGCCCACCUACACCGGAUUCAACGGUCCCCAACCCCAAACUGCGACAGCUGUACCGCCACAGGCAACUCAAAACCAGAGACAGUCAAUCACUUCCUCUUUGAAUGCCCCACCUACCGCAAGGAACGACAUCUAAUGAAACAAAAGUUGGGGCGAGGAGCCGACUCUCUAGCCCAUCUCUUACUGGGAAAGAAAGACACCCUGCGGGAACUGAUCAAGUUCACUGGCCGUACGGGACGUCUCAAGGCGACAUUCGGUGAGUUCUGCCUAGAUUAACGAACAUAUGAUAACUGCGCCAUUAUCAGCAUCCCAAUCUCGACCAACGACAUCACAAGUAAAUGCCAGCACUGACGCUCCCUGGAAUCAACCCCUCCCUCCCCUACUCGUCAUACCUGACGAGCGCCUGCAUCGACAGGCGGAUGUAAGCAUAAGUAUUAUACCAUCCGACCACUUACAUUGUCUGCUCAGAUGCCAACAGCCGUCAAAAACGUGGUUUGGAAGCCACGGACCAGCGGGGGAUCUCUUUCCGUCGCUGGGGCUUUCGGUGAGGUAACUGAACACGUAGCUAGGUAGUCAAAACACUCCUCAGUAGCCUAUGUGCAUCUUGGGCUCCACGGCCCCCCGCAC